UGAGUAGUUGCUAAACUGAUCUCUUAAACAAAUGCCUCGUCGAAAAUAACAAAUGUUUUGGUUUCCUAGGUAAUCUACGUGUUGUUGUUUUGCUUGUUAUAUAAAUACACUACGUUUAAAGAACUUUGUUGUUAUUUAUUCUUAGCGGAGUUUACCGGAAGUUACGUGCGGACCGCGACAGCGGCUUGUUUAUGUUGUGACCGCUGAAACCAUAGAUAAUAGGCUUGUUUGAGAUGAGCAAAUUCUGCGCAGAAUCGAUCACCGGUGAUCAGCGCAAGAUGCAUUCCGGUUAGAAAAGUGUCCGACUUACGUCCGACUUGCUCUGAUGUCACGCUGACGUGUACAAAAUAACUCUCGCGAUGGAGAGGCGGGCUCGUCGGAUUCUACAGCCGAGCGCAGUUGCUCUCCACCGACUGCGUUGACGAAAAGCACGAUGGGAAAAGACUUGCUGACGACACAGCUUAAUGCUCAUUUGCCCGGGAAUGUCAGCUGAUGACUUUUUAAUUCUAAAAACUACACUUCCUGUAGUAGUUUUUAUAUUUAUUCAACUUGUUCUUGACUUAUGACAUUUAUAUUAUUAAUAAAUUCCUUUAAACUUUUGUAUUGGUGUUGUAUUAUUUGUACUGUGUGCUGUUUAUAUUUCACACAGAAACGAAUUUGGAUUACGUCUAGACUUAGAUAACAUUUACUAAGAAGCCUUUUCCAAUAAUGAACAGUUCAGCUUUGUUGAUUCUCCUUAUAAACAUCUUAAUGUAAAUGCAUUUGUUGGUAUUUCAGUUGCAUCUAUUUAAUCCGCGAUAAAAUACGCGAACGCGAUCUCUUCCAUUGCUGACGUUUGCAGUCAACAACACAGCGAGAUUCAUGAAUCGUCCGGCUUGCCUACACUUUUUUCACUCCUCCCCUCACUGCAGCCGGCUACUCUCGCCUAUAUUUCAGGCAAGGCAAGCUGCAUCUCAAACAAGCCUAAUGAGUGGAGCGUCGCCAUCAGGAAACGUAACCGAGGAAAUCUGUAUAUUAUGCGCCUAAAUAUAAAAACCUUAGAUCAGGAGGGAGAGGAGGGGAACACACCUCCAAAAUGAGUUACUGUGAGGAGAGAAUGCAGAAGGUCAAGAAGAAAGAUGAGCAUGAUGCUUAUCAGAGCCAAAUGUCGAGAGGAGCAUCUCCAGAAUCCAGCUGUGUGUCGAUGAAGAGUGAUUACUCCAUGUUGGAACCCAUUGAACUCCGUAAUAGAGUGACCUCUGACCCCAGUACCACUAGCAAAAGAACGUCCAGAGGAGAUUCUCCAGACCCCAGCUGUGUGUCUAUGAAGAGUGAUUGUUCCAUGUUGGAACCCAUUGAACUCAGUAAUAGAGUGACCUCUGACCCCAGUAUCACCAGGCGGAGAAGACACAGAGGUGCAUCACCAGAGCCCAGCUAUGUGUCAAUGAAGAGCAACUGCUCCAUGUUGGAACCCAGUGAACUUCGUGAUAGAGUGACCUCUGACCCCAGUGUGCGUACACAACAACAACUUUUAACGCCCAGAGGAGCAUCUUCAGAACCCAGUUGUGUGUCAAUGAAGAGUGACGGAUCUAUGAUGCAGCCCCCACAACUCACGGUGAAUCCAGUGACCUCUGACCCCAGUAUCACCAGCAAGAUAGAACCCAGAUCAGAAUCUUUAGAACCCAGUUGUGUGUCAAUGAAGAGUGACGGAUCUAUGAUGCAGCCCCCACAACUCACUGAUGCCCCAUCAACCUCUGACCUCAGCAGCAGGAAAAGUCCCAGUGGAGCUUCUUCAGAACCCAGUUGUGUGUCGAUGAAGAGCAAUCAGUCCAUGUUGGAUCCCAUUGAACUCAGAAAUAGAGAAGUGAUUUUAAAACCCAGUAUUACCAGCAAGAAAGAAUCCGAAUCAGCAUCUUCAGAACCCAGUUUUGUGUCAAUGAAGAGUGACGGAUCUAUGAUGCAGCCCCCACAACUCACUGUGAGUCCAGUGACCUCUGACCCCAGCAGUGGGGAGAUCUGGUCGAAUGCGUCCACCUGUCAGACCCUUAUCAGACCAAACAGCAUUGAAUCAGACCUGCCGGAUCAGACUGAACACCUGCACCAGGAUUCUUAUCAACCAGUAGAUGAUGUUCUGCAGAGAGUCAAAGACAAACACAAAACCAUCAUGAAAAACAAGUAUGAGAGUUUAUUUGAGGGAAUCAAACGUCAAGGGAAUCUAACCCUCCUGAACAGAAUUUACACACAGCUCUACAUCAUAGAGGGAGAGAUUGAAGGAGUGAAUGAAGAACAUGAGGUUUUACACAUGGAGAAAAAGCCCAAAACACAAGACUUACAAGACACUUCAAUCUAUUGCAAUAACAUCUUUAAACCCUUACCCGAAGCACUUAAUAAAAGAGAGAAAAUUAAGAGUGUUCUUACCAAAGGCAUCGCUGGAAUCGGAAAAACAGUCUCCGUGCAGAAGUUCAUUCUGGAUUGGACCGAGGGAACAGCCAAUCACGAUGUGGAUUUCAUUUUUGUUCUUCCGUUUCGAGAGUUAAACUUGAUUCGGGAUGAUCUGUAUAGUUUUCACAAACUUCUGCUGGCCUUUUAUCCUGAACUUAAAGAUCUGGACUCAAAGAUUUAUGAUGAGUGUAAAGUCGUGUUUAUCUUUGAUGGUCUGGAUGAAAGCAGAAUGGUGCUGAUGUUUUCAGACACGAGUGAGAAAGUUUCUGAUGUGACUGAGACUUCAUCAGUGUCUGUGUUGAUGUCAAACCUCAUGAGAGGAGAUCUGCUUCCCUCUGCUCUCAUCUGGAUCACCUCCAGACCAGCGGCAGCCAAUCAGAUCCCCUCCAAAUACAUCAACCGAUUCACAGAAAUCCAGGGAUUUAAUAAUGACGCCCAAAAGGAGGAAUAUUUCAGGAAGAGAAUCAGCGACUUGAAUCAAGCCGAGAAAAUCAUCUCACACAUUAGAAAAGCGAGAAGCCUCCACAUCAUGUGUCACAUCCCAGUCUUCUGUUGGAUCUCAUCCACUGUGCUUCAAAACCUCCUGAAAGAAGACAACGAGAGAGCAGAAAUCCCUAAAACUCUGUGUGAAAUGUACAUCCACUUUCUGCUGAUUCAGACGAAUAUGAAGAAUGAGAAGUAUGAUGAAAGAGAUUCAGAGAAACUCCUGCAGUCCAACAGAGACUUGAUUUUGAAACUGGCUGAAGUGGCAUUCAAACAGCUAAUGAAGGGUAAUGUGAUGUUUUAUGAGGAAGAUCUGAGAGAGUGUGGGAUAGACAUCAAAGAUGCCUCACUGCAUUCUGGGAUUUGCACUGAGAUCUUUAAGGAGGAAUCUGUGAUUCAUCAGAGGAAAAUCUACUGCUUCAUACAUCUAAGCUUUCAAGAGUUCCUUGCUGCUCUCUAUGCGUUUUACUAUUAUAAUGGCAAAAUAACAGAGACUUCACAGUUUUUUGAUGUUAUUUAUGUUUUAUUGAAAGCAGCAGUAGAUAAAGCUCUCAAGAGUGGAACCGGACACCUGGAUCUUUUCCUGCGAUUUCUGCUGGGCAUCUCACUAGAGUCCAAUCAGAGACUCUUACAGGAUCUACUGACACACACGGUGGACACCUCAGAAACCAUCAAGAAAAUUACUACAUAUAUCAAAGGCAGAAUCAACGAUGAGUGUGAUUACUCAGCUGAAAGAUCCAUCAAUUUGCUUUUGUGUCUGCUUGAAGUGAAUGAUCAGACUCUGUCCAAAGAGAUUAAGGAGCGUGUGAGAUCAGACAAACCCUCAAAGAAACUCUCUGCUACUCACUGUUCAACAAUAGCCUACGUGAUUCAGAUGUCAGAGGAGGUGAUGGAUGUGUUUGAUCCAAAGAAAUACAACACAACACAGGAGGGCAGAAGACGACUCGUACCAGCUGUCAACAACUGUAGAAAAGCUCUACUUGCUGACUGUAAUCUCACAGUUCAGUCAUGUGAAGUCAUCGCUUCAGCUCUACAAUCCUCAAAUUCUCCUCUGAGAGAGCUGGACCUGACUAACAAUGACCUGCGGGAUUCAGGAGUGAAGAUUAUCUCUGAUGCUCUCAAGAGCCCAAACUGUCAGCUAGAAAUACUGAGGUUAUCAGGUUGUAUGGUGACAGAUGAAGGUUGUUGUUAUUUGGCUUCAGCUCUGAGUUCAAACCUGUCACACUUGAGAGAGCUGGAUCUGACCUACAAUCACCCACAACACUCAGGAGUUCAGCUGCUCUCUGAUAAACUCAAUCAUCCAAACUACAAACUCAACAAACUCAAUUUGGACUAUGGUGCGGAGAAGAGGAUUAGACCAGGACUACAAAAAUAUUUUUAUGAUGUCACAGUGGAUCUAAACACAGUAAACCCUCUCCUCAUGCUGUCUGAUGAGAACCGAAAAAUCAAACGAGUGGAAGAGCGCCAGCCAUAUCCUGAUCAUCAAGAGAGAUUUGAUGAAGUUACUCAGGUUUUGUGUAGAGAAAGUCUGACUGGACGCUAUUACUGGGAGGCCGAAUGGAUUGGGAAGGAGAUUGGAGUUUCAGUGGUUUAUAAAGGUAUCGGCAGGAAAUUUCGGAGCGAGGAAUGCUGGUUUGGAUACAACAAUAACUCCUGGAAUCUUCACUGCACUAGCAAAAGUUACACUGCAAGUCAUAAUCAACAGCAGACAAAUAUCCCAUCAACAUCACCGCACUCUAAUAGAGUAGGAGUUUAUCUGGACUGGCCGGCCGGCAUUCUUUCCUUCUACAGCGUCUCUGACACACACACACUCACACACUUACACACAUUCAACACAACAUUCACCGAACCUCUAUACGCUGGAUUUAGACUUUUUUAUAACACCUCAGUGUUGCUGUGUAAAAAUACUAGUUAACAAUAUCAAGUAAUCAUUAUGUUCAUAUCUAUUUUUCACAUGUGAAGAAUAUUUAAGUCUAAUUGUCAGGUGAGAAAUGGGCAGGUACGUGGGCAGGUUUUCUAUCACCAAGUCUCUUUACUGCGCCGGGAGAAUGAAAUAAGUGACACACACUCUAGGGUACAGAUCUCAGUGUAGUGGAAUCUCCUUUUAUUCUUGUACAAAAUUCAAUGGAGGACUCUAGUUGAAAAGCAGAAAAUCCUUCUAUAUUCAUGUAUGUAAUUUGCACAGUGUUUGUAGUUUACUACUGUAUACAUUCAUAAAAGAUGGAAAUUCUCUACAUUUUGAAGUGGAACUCUGUUCCCCCUUGAAAUUCACACAAGUGUGUGUGUGUAUAUAUACAGUAUUUGUGAUUCUGGUCCCAAGGAUAGAACUGCACUUUGAGUUUAUGCAUAGACGGUUUCAGCAGUAACAACAUAAACAAACCGCUUUUGUGUAACACAGGUAACUUCCGGUAAACUUUGCUAAGAAUCAGUAACAACAAAGUACUUUUAGAGUAGUUUAUUGCUGAUAACAAGCAAAAUAAACAACAAGUAGAUAACCUUUCAUAUUUCAUAGCUAAAGCAUAUCAAAAAUUACACUGUGCUAUCGUUACUGUGUAUAAUGUAUACAAUGUUAAAGGUCCCAUUCUUCCUGUGUUUUUAAAGCUUUGAUUGUGUUUACAGUGCGCAAUAUAACACGUGUUAAUGUUUAGUGUGUAAAAAAACUAAGUAUUUUCACACAAUGUACUUAUCUCUAUAGUGCUGUUUUCACGGUCCUAAAAACAGGCUGAUGUCUUACUUGUUCUAUGAAGUCCCUCCUUCAGAAAUACGUAACGAGUUCUGAUUUUGUAGUUUGUUUAGUGUGUUGUGAUUCGACAGCAACUUAGCUUAGCCAGAGCUGUUUGAGCCAAAGCUGCCGACUGACGUAUACCAGUGGGCAGAGUUUAGUCAAAAACUCUUUUAUUGACGUCAUUCAACCAGGAAGUAGAGGGUUGUAGUCCAAACCGUCCGUUCACUGUAGGCUUUGAAAGGGGACUUCUAUUCAAGAAAAUAUAUCGCCUGGCAGUGAACUUUUAGCUUUAUCAUUUUGCAGGUAUUAUUUAUGAUCUAACAGCAACAUGACACACUAACUAAAGUUUGAAAAAUGGGAUCAGGAAGAACGUGACCGUGACCUUUAACUAUACACUGGCUGCCAAAUCUCCUUUCACAUUGUGGUCAUUCGUUAUCGCCGUUUCCCGCUGUCUUUAGGAAAUCAAAACAUUUGUUAUUUUUGAUGAGGUAUUUGUUUCAGAGUUCAUUUUAUCCACUAGUCAGACCAUUAAACAAACUGAAACCGGAAGUAAAGUUCUGACCAAACGCGUAACUGCGACAACGCAGAUGCAUCCGAUGGAACCGUCUAUAAAUGUUUUUUGUUUUUUAAGAGGAAAAGUUCCUUUUUUCACAUCUUGAGAUUUGUAUUUGUUAUUAAUGUGUAUUUAUGCUGCAUGGGGCAGUGAAGUCAUUAAACAUCAUAGAGUAACUUUUCUGGUACUACUAACUCAAGUGAUUAAGCCCUGUAUAAAACGACUUUACUUUUUCCUGUGUAAAUAUUUUGUGUGUUGCUGCUGUGUCCUUGUUUAUCAGAUAUUUAUUCAAACAUUUCUGUUUUUAAAUUGUGCUUAUAUUUUUAUUAUAAAAAAAUGCUCAAUACAUUUUCUGUCUAUUUUCAUAUUACACAUUUUUAUUAAAGAAUAAAAGAGUCUGCUGUAA